UCAAUACGUAGUUAACCGAACUUUGACGCGUUUACAAAUAAGGAAGUCAAGGGAGGCAAUCGUUUUGUUAUGUAAACACACACGUGCUUUCAUAACAGUUCUACCGGUGGUUAUGUAAAUUGGACAGUUAGCACGUUUAUUUCCAUGUUUAAACAUAUUUUCUAGAGUACAGACGAAAGACAGCACGAUGCAUUUGUUUCAGUUUUGUGCAAUCUUUAUUUUAAUUAAUAAUAGUCAUGGAAUAUUUGUGAAAGAAAAUUGGCUAGACGGUAUACGGACUAACCAAAAAAAUUACGGAAUAGCUGUUUCGGAUGUAAACAACGAUGGGGAUCCGGAUUUUAUUGUGGCCGGGUACAAUGGUGCCAACUUUGUCUUCACAUAUGAUAAAACGUCCGGGACUGUGACAAACAUUGCACAGGAGGGAACUCCCUACGCUAGUCUGCGGGAUACGCCCGGUGCAGCAAUAGGAGUUGCUGCCUGUGACAUCGAUGGGGAUGGGAAGGAAGAGAUUUAUUUCCUCAACACAAAUCAGGCGUAUGCAGGACGUUCAGCUUAUGGUGACAAAAUAUUUAAAUUGCGUAAUGGACGGUACGACGAUCUGUUCUCCGACAGAGUUAAUGACAACAUGCCGGCGAAAGGGUUCGCCGGUAGGUCAGUCGCUUGUGUGGACAGAAAAGGAACGGGAAAAUAUUCGUUCGUGCUGGCAACAUAUUCCGCUUAUGGUGAAGGAAAGUUCGCAUUGAUAGAGAUGGAUGAAAGUCAUCCAGGCAAUGAUGUCGCUUCUGGAAGAAUCGUCCUAACUAAUGUUGGAGGUCAAGCAGGAAUAGCUAGGAACACAGGUGGGCGUGGCAUUGUUGUCGGUCCUAUCCUUGGAAACGAUGGUCGUUCUGAUAUAUUCUUUGGAAAUGAGGGGAACUCUGGUCUACAGAACGCUGGUGCCAACUUUCUGUUUAUGAAUCGUGGCGACGGGACAUUUACAGAUAUCGCUGAAGCAGCUGGAGUCGCCGACGCCGGCGAAAAUGUCCGUGGUAUAGCGCUUGCUGAUUUUAAUCGGGACGGUAAAAUUGACAUUGCUUACGGUAAUUGGGAUGGACCGCAUCGUCUGUUUUUGCAGACUAGAAGCAACGGAAAUAUAAGUUUUACAAAUUAUGCUACUGGUAGCAGAAGUUACGAGACCCCAACACAUAUAAGAACUGUGAUAGCCGCUGACUUUGAUAAUGACGGGGUUCUGGAAGUCUUGCAAAAUAAUAUAUACCAUCCUCGUCACUUACAGCCGAACAAACUAUUUAAAAUACUCCCCAGUGGAGAGGGCGUAAGAAUACAAAAUUUGGAUAUUGGUGACGCUUUAGAACCAGAAGGAUAUGGCACAGGAGGUGCAGUGACCGAUUUCAACGGUGACGGCAGAUUAGAACUAAUGCUUUCUCAUGGAGAAGGGAGUUCUCAACCGUUGACUAUUUUCACAGUUAGCACAGGAACUAAUAAUAACUGGAUUAGAAUUCAACCUAAGACAAAGUUUGGAGCCCCGGCUCGCGGGUCCGCAGUCAAAGUAACAACAAAUAUGGGCACGACCCAUUUACAUGUUAUAGACGGUGGUUCAGGAUAUUUAUGUGAAAUGGAACCAUAUGCACACGUUGGGCUUGGAACAGAGACCCCGACGGAACUCUCCAUUCAAUGGCCCGACGGGACGACUGUAAGGAAGGCUUUAACAAGCAGCGAUAUGAACAAAGUUCACAUAGUAGACUAUCCAAGUGAGGGAUCAACAGACAAUAGCGGACCUACUGGUUCAACAGACUGUCCGAUUGGCACGUGUCACACCGGGCACAUUGAAAAGAUACUAGAAUAUGCCAGUUCCGUACAAACCUCUGCAGCACGGCAUUUAACCGCUUCCUGCUUCCUGUUGGUUCUGCAGAUGUGCUUAUGUGUUCUGUUCUAGGAAUUUAUUUGAUAAACAUCCAUUUGGUGAAAUUUCGACAUUAAAUGUGAUCUACAUAAGCCCAGGACAUUGCUAAGUAAUGUGAUCUACAUAAGCCCAGGACAUUGCUAAGUAAUGCGAUCUGCAUAAGCCCAAGACAUUAAGUUAUUUGUCCAGCUGAGAUCAAAAUCCUGAGAAUGCAUGCUGGAUUAGAAAAAAGUUGGUGCAAAUAAUAGCAUGACUUGAAUAGGUGUGUAUACGCAACGUAGAUGGUGUGGAACAAGUUUUAAAUAAAAUUUCCUAACAAGGCAUGAAAAGUGAUGUGUUUUUAACGAGUGCAUGCAUGUUCUGGGACAACAGACGGUUUCUGUUCAAUGUAUGCAGAAUAUCAGGAAAAACUGAAACGGACGGAUUCCCAACAUCGUCAUGUAACAGCAUUAUUGCAGAUGUUGUUGAAUGAACAGAAAUACUCGUUUUUCUAGGUAACUGCACAUUUAACAUGUCAGUUUGAAAGUCAACGAACAUGAAUACUGUUUUUGUAAGAGGAGAUGUUGUUAUACUAGUAAUUUUCCUGAAGCAGGAGGUAGAUAUACGUGAUUUAGAGAUAUGCUCAUCUGAAAGAUAUGCUCAGCCCAAUUAUUUCACAAAUUUACUGCUGUCAAGUACAUUCUGUUAAACACACCUGACAAAAGUUCGACGUCUUUUAUGAUAUUUAUUAUUAUGAAUGCGAUUAUGUAUAGCAUGUGCUUGUUGUUUUAGUUUAAGUUAAUACCUAAUGAACAGUAUAUCCUUUCUGUGUUUUAUUGACACAAAUUUGUUUUAAAAAAUAAAUAAGUAAACCAGUA